GCCUCGUCUUGGUAACUUGGUCCAUAAAACAAGCCCGGGAGAAAACGACGAGCAUCCUCGGCGCAAAUAUCCGUGCUUUUACUCAGCGCGGAUUAAAGUGCGCACUCGACUGCGCUGUUUUAAUUAACCGCGAGGAUUUCCGCACAAAAAGCUACGCUCACCUGGGGACUCGUCUGGCUAACCGGCUAGCGUGCUAACAUUAGCUGUGACGGCUCCUCCUCACACACCCGGACACGAUGUCGUUGGUGGAUCUGGGGAAGCGUCUGUUGGAGGCUGCUCGUAAAGGUCAGGACGAUGAGGUCAGAAACCUGAUGGCCAACGGAGCUCCAUUCACCACUGACUGGUUGGGGACAUCGCCGCUCCACCUGGCUGCUCAGCACGGACAUUACUCCACGGCUGACGUCCUGCUGAGAGCCGGCGUCAGCAGGGACGCUCGCACCAAAGUGGACAGGACACCGUUACACAUGGCCGCCGCCGAGGGACACACGGUGAUCGUGGAGCUGCUGGUCCGGAGUGGUGCAGACAUCAAUGCCAAAGACAUGCUGAAGAUGACGGCUCUUCACUGGGCGGCUCAGCACGGUCACCACAGCGUCGCACAGACACUCAUCAAACAUGGCGCAGACGUUCACACGCUCAGCAAGUUCGACAAGACGCCGUUUGACAUCGCGGCCGACAUUCAGAACACAGAGCUGAUGCUGCUGCUGCAGGAGGGCAUGCAGAACCAGGUGAACAUGAACCAGGUGAGUGUGAACGUGGAGACGAGCAGCAGCAACAACCAACCACAGUUCAUCAUCCAGGGAAUCCCCGCCCUCCAGGGGGGCGUGGUCAACCUGGCUGAGCUGCUCAACAAGGCCAAUGCAGGAGAAUCUGAGGAGGCCAUGGCGGCCAGCGCUCUGGACUCUAACAUUCAGCACGCGACUGUUGUCAAUGAGGGCGGUCAGAGGGUCAUCACCAUAGUAACAGAUCAGCACGGUAACCUGCAGACGACCGGAGGGAUGACUCAGCCGUUCUUUGUGACCAUGCAGCACGGACAACAGAUGCUGGCUGUUCCUGCCAACACUGUGACGGAGGAGGUGGUGACCGAGGAGCCGCAGCAGCCGCCGCCGCCACCACCGUCCAGGAAGAGGAAGCUGGAUGUGACCAACAACCACGACACGGGAGAAACAGAGUUGCUGCAGCGCCAGCUACAGGAAGCUAACAGGAAGGCGCAGGAAUAUCGUCAGCAGCUGCUGUGUAAAGAACAGGAGGCCGAGGAGUAUCGCAUCAAACUGGAGGCCAUGAGUCAGGCCAACAACGCCAACGCCGCUGCCAACGCCGCCGCCAGCCCAGAGGAGGUGGUGGGAGGAGACGAGGAUGAAGAGGAGGGGCCAGCGAGCGUGGUGGAGGAGGAGGGUGAGAUGGUGGUGCUGCAGGAGGGAGGCAUCAUCAUGGAGGGCGAGGAGGGUCAGGUGACACUGGUGGAGACGGGCGGAGAAUCAAUGGAGGUCAGCUCGUAACGGAGCGAGAUAAGACGGAUGAGGUCAUCAUUAGUACGUGUCACUCAGACACCAUUUUGAAAAGAUUCAAAAACACUAGGAGAAGAAAACAACACACACAUUCAUGUGGGACAAAAUGGCUGCUCCUGAAACUAAACAGACUAAAGCAACUUUGUAAUCAUUCAAAAGCAACAGUAGAUUUUAGAGAGAAGUGAAGCAUGUGACCAUUUUAACACACACACACACACGAGACAGUGUCAAGAGUUUUUAACAAACUGUUUUCACCAGCAGUUUGUCCACAUUCUGUCUGCUGCUGUCUUGGCCUUGUGAAGAAGAACUGAACCCAGGGUUUGGUUCUGAACCAGAAUCAUGGUGAAUCUGUGGUCACUGUUUGACUCCUCGUUCAAAUUUGUCUGUUUUCCAUCAUCAAUAACUCUGUUCGUUCGUUCGUUCGUUCGUUCGUUCGUUCGUUCAUUCAUUGGCUUUGGUUUCAGUUGUGUUACUCCUGAUGCUACAUUCAGGAAUAAUCAGGAAAAAAAAGCCCGUUUCAAUCAUUAAUCAAUGUGUUUUCAUUGAUUCACAAAAUAAAGAGUCACUAAUUCAUUCUAAUUUAUCAUUUUGAACCAAAUAUAGUUCCUCUCAUCUGUACCUGAACGCAGCGUUUGUAUAACAUUACCUUUUAAGAAAGUUAAAGGUCAUGUGUUACUUCUGAAGUCGACUGUGUUUAUUUAGUUUAGUUUGUGUUUAAUGGUUCAUUCCGUUCACACCUGUUGUCCAUCAUCAGUUAUUGAUCACUUCCUGUCAGCUGACAGCAGGUGUGUGUUUUUAUAAGCUGAGUGAAGACCUUUUCUAUGUACAUAUAAAGUUGUAUUUUUUUAACUGAACCUGAUGAGUGACGGCUGCCUGUGUUAAUGAUCACAUUAUAAACACUUUUUUUUCAAUAA